GCAGGCCGUGAGGAGACGAGCGGGCCGGGGUGAGCGGGGGCCGUCCGCACAAUAGACGGCGGCCGCUGAGGAGGAAGCGGCUGAGGCGGCGGCUGAGGCGGCGGCGACCACCCUCGCACGGGCUUCGCCGGCCCUUAGGGCCCCGGGCCGGUGGGACCAACCCGGCUGGGCCGGGUUAUGGAAGAAAGGAAGAUGGACCAGAAUGAAUGGAGAUACCAUGGAGAGGGGAAUAAGAGCCUUGUCGUGGCCCACACCCAGCGCUGUGUGGUGCUGCGUUUUUUGAAGUUUCCACCAAAUAGGAAUAAGACGUCAGAAGAAAUUUACCGCCAUCUACAAAACAUAGUAGACUUUGGCAAGAAUGUCAUGAAAGAGUUUUUUGGGGAGAAUUACGUUCAUUAUGGGGAGGUUGUUCAGCUACCUUUGGACUUCGUAAAGCAGCUUUGUUUAAAGAUACAAUCAGAGAGACCAGAGUUUCGCUGCAAUAAAGAUUUGGACACUCUCAGUGGUUAUGCCAUGUGCCUUCCUAAUCUUACGAGGCUCCAGACUUACCAUUUUGUAGAACAUCGGCCUAUUUUGUGUGUAGAGAUUAAGCCAAAAUGUGGGUUUAUUCCUUUUUCCAGUAAUGUUACCCAGGAGUUGAAGCACAAGGUGUGUCGUUACUGCAUGCAUCAGCAUCUCAAGGUGGCAAGUGGAAAAUGGAAGCAGAUAAGUAAAUACUGUCCUCUAGAUCUCUUCUCAGGAAAUAAGCAGAGGAUGCACUUUGCCUUGACAAGUUUGUUACAAGAAGCACAGAACAACUUAAAGAUAUUUAAGAAUGGAGAAUUAAUUUAUGGCUGCAAAGAUGAUCAGGACUCGGUUGCUGAUUGGAAUGAACUUGCCCAUCAUUUGAAGCCCUUCUUCUUUCCUUCAAAUGGAUUAGUCAGCGGACCCCACUGUACAAGGACAAUUAUUAAAGAACUGAUUCAUGUAAUAACAAUGAUUUUACUAAGUAGUACAGACAACUGCAGGGCAGGUGACAUGAAGACAGUCCCAGUUUCCCAAGGAAGGAGCUACUGUGAAGCAAGUCCUUUCAGCAAGGAACUUGUAAGAAAUGGUAAAAACAAACUGGAAAGCUCAGGGUUACCAAAGGGUUGUCUCUUGUACAAAACCCUUCAGGCCCAGAUGCUGGAUAUGCUGGACAUCGAGGGGCUUUACCCGUUGUACAACAGAAUUGAGCAGUACUUAGAGGAGUUUCCUGAAGAAAGAAAUACAUUACAGAUAGAUGGACCGUAUAAUGAAGCGUUUUAUAAACGACUACUUGAUCUUUCAACUGAAGAUGAUGGAACUCUAGCGUACGCUUUGACAAAGGUCCAGCAGUAUAGAGUGGCUAUGACUGCUAAAGAUUGCUCCAUUAUGAUUGCUCUUUCACCGUGUCAGCAGGAUGAAUGCUCCGAACAAAGACCUAUAGUUCCAGCAUCCAAAUCCAGAUUCACCUUCUCAGUCUCAGUCCUGGAUCUAGAUCUCAAACCCUAUGAGAGUAUUCCCCAUCAAUACAAACUUGAUGGCAAGAUCGUCAACUAUUUUUUGAAGAAUGUCCAGGCCAAAGACGACCCUCUGAUGUCAAAUCGGUUCAAGGAGAAUGAAGAUUGCACAUUAGUCCUUCAUAAGGUGUAGUAGUUUUUCCCAGAUUGUCUUUUGAACCUGAGCAGUUUAGAAUGUUAAGGUUAAUGAAAUAGUCAUGAAUUUUCCGUUGUUCAUUGCAUUUUUCAGCUGUGAAUGUUUUUGCUUUUAACCACUUUUGAAGUGGUCUUACCGUUCAAGGCCGUGAAAUUGAAGAGCACUAAAGCCAUCUUCCAGUAUUCGACUUGAAGGAAUGCAUUGAUUGAUUAAAAAAAAAAAAAAAAGAAAUUUUAAACAAUGGCAUGUGCCAUUUCGCUCAACAGAGUGAUUGGAAGGCGCAUGUUUGAAAACUUAGAUGCUAUGGUGAAUUACGGGGGAAAUGUUCUCGAUUACUAGUUUGAAGACACAGAACUCGGAUACAGUCCUCAAAUGAAAAAGCCUUAUUACUUACAUCAAGCUUCUGAUCUCAAAAUGAGUAUACCUGUCAUAGCCGUCAUAUGUGUUUUGAACUUAAAAAUUUUUACUA